AAACAUGGAAAUUGAUUUUUUUUUAUCUAUUUCUGUACAGUUAAAGAUGGUUCCACAAGCCAUUAUGGAUUUCACAGGAGCCAUUGAGCUGAAUGGGAGCCAUCUGAAAGCACACCUUCUCAGGGCGAAGUGUUACCUCGUAAUUGGACAAUAUGAGACAGCCAGUGAAGCAUAUUAUGAAAUCUACGCAAUGACUGGCAUACCAGAGUGUUAUCGAUUAUCUGAAGAAGCAUACAAUGCGGAGUGUAACCUCGAUUUUGCCCUCUUUACCCUAUCGCUGACUCGAGAUUGUUCAGUCUUGGACGUGAAGGAAGCUUUUCGUAGGGAGGCGCGACUGCAUCACCCAGAUCGCCAUGCGGGGGCCAGUAUUGAGAUACAAGAAAGAGAAGAGGAAACAUUCAAGCAGGUACAACGAGCCUGUCAAUUUCUCCUUGAUUUUCUGAAGAGGAAGAAUCGUUUCAAUAAUCACCAAGUGUGGUUUUUGAACACAGAUUAUUUUGAACUCUGAAUAAGCUCAAGUUGAUCCAAGAUCAACCAAUUUAAAGAACAACACUGACAGUGGGUACUAAACAAAAAAGUCAUGAUUUUAUCUUUUUUGGUCAUACUUACGCACAUGACUUACAUCCAUCUCACUAGUACCUCCUUAUUGAUAUACGCAGGUCGCACCCACUCAUCACAAACAUGUAAAUAAUCUACAUAAAUUAAAUCAUAAUUGUAAUGCUUCUGGCAAGCAAAUAUUUUAUUGUAUAAUACAACGUAACUGCAUGUUUUAGCGGUUAAAUAUGGAGAAUUAAAGCCGUUAAAUUAAUAAUUAAUUAAAUUAAAUUUUACCAUAGGUAAAUAGGCAAUA